GUUUGUUGUGCCCCGUGACGCCACGCCCCCUCGCACGGUUGCAUUUUCGGAACUUGGUGUGCUUCGUGUGUAUGUCAGCGCACAAGCCAUGACUCUAGAGAGACCGUGUACACGUUGGAUCAGUGAGCAAUAGCAUCUGUGUUCUCUGGUUGUGUUCCUGUCUUGUCCCUUGGGCCUCAGUCCAUGCAGCUGUAGACCUAAAAUUUGUCAUUGAGGGUGACCUAAAACCAGACGAUGGCACAGAGCAUAAGUGCGAGGGAGAGUCGAUAAAGAUAGGGUGUGCCUACAGACACCCUGUUGAUCUAGCUGAUGUCAGUCUGACCACUGGAAGUCCAGCAACAUCUCUGCAUUUGAGGCCAGACAGUUCGUGGACUUUCUGUUGUUUGAUGAGGACUCAGCUACACUGUUUCUGCCAGUGAUGCUAGUGUACCAGGACCUAUACAUGUUCUGCCGGACAACUCACUGCUACGUUCACUAUUAUCUACGAUGAUACUAGCUCCCAGUGUUCAGGCACCACCACUUCCCCUACUACUCAACCUACUAGUCCGUCCACUGAGCCAAGUACAGGGUCCACUCCUGCCACCACCGGCUCCAGUUCUCAACUCCUCUACCAGUGGCGGGACAUUUGAAGGAGCACCAGCUCUGGUGAAACAUCCUUCAAAGGUCUAAAGCCACUCAUCUACACCGUGGCGUCUGUCAUCCUGCUGGGCUUCAUACCUGCACAACAACUUGUGUUAUCAUUGCAGUGACCACUGUUUGUAGUGAAAAAGCCCUGUGAUAAGUGAUGAGAGUCUAUAUUAUAUUCUACAGGAAAAGCACAAAACACCAGAGUUAUAGACGUUCUGUAUUAGAACCUGGGAGAUUAGUGUUGUUGUUCCAAACGGCAUUAUAGAGGUAGACUUUGCUGGCGUCACUGCUCAAAUCUCCUGUUGAGAAUUCCUUGAUGUCGUGGGC